AUGACAAAUGGAUGGGAUGCUUACAUAGAUGCGGACUUUGUCCUCCGCUCCUCCGCUGCAGCCAAUCGGAGCGGCUCCCCUCCGGACUACGCCAUCGUUGGAUUCCAUUAUGAUGUCCGUAUGCUCGUUGCCAUGGCCCUCAACUUUCUAUCAACUCUCUGCCAACAAACCGUGGGCCGCUUACUUCCCAUCAACGUGGACCGUUUCCCUACUCUUUUUCAUCAACAAACAGUAAUAGACAACCCACAGGACCGGGUCUGCUCAUGCCCAGUAAACCCUCCUCUAUCGACGACUGAACGGACUGUCUUCGGUAUCGGGGGAUGUACAGUCUACGGCUACCCGUCCACUGGCGGGAUUCUCAUCAAAAAGGCUGAUCUUCUCGACAUGCUUUUCCUGUCGCUCCCGCGCUCUCAUGUAUCGCAGCGCUCACCCAGUGUCGACGACGAAGACAGGUUCUGUAACCUUCUGCGACGGACUGGUGCGACGUUCUGGCCGAGUAGGGAGGACUGGUUCGAUACGCGGAUGGGCCUGAGAGAGAUCACCGAGGAAGAAGAGAAGGUAAUCGUGUACGGUUGGCCGACGGAUGGAGUGGGUGUAUGGGUAUUACGAUUUAAAAGUGUCGAGCAACUGCCACGGGAUUUUGGGAGAAUAAGUUUAGCAAUGAAUAUGGAGGAGAAGAUACAGAUCAUGAGAGAGUAUGGCGCUACGUUUGUUGAAGAUGUCACGCAGUGCACAUACCCUCAACCUAAAACAGGUGAAAAUGGCGACCAUUCCGUUAACAGUGACCUUGUGGCCCGGGUGGAAAGUAUUGAAUCCAAGUUCCAGUCCCUAGAAAGGAGUCUAGCGCAUAUCACACAGCUCCUGCAUAUGAAUCCUUCAUUGUCCAGUCAGGAACAAGAUCAGUUGAGGCUUGAAAUCGGACAAGACCGGGGUAGCUCCGGCUGGUCUGGUGCUUCUCAUUCUACUUCACCCAACGAUGGGCAACUUUGGCAGUCUUUCCCUUUGAGGCCGGACCCUUCAACCCCGCUAGAAGCCCUUCAUCCUUCUCCAGCUGUAAUCGCAUUCAUCUGGCAGACCUACCUGGAUGUGGUAGAUCCCGUGCUAAAAGUUUUCCAUGUCCCGACCGUGCAAAGGCAGGUAACGAGUGUCAUUCGAGGCCGAUUUAACCUCGAUGCCCCUACAGAAUGCUUGAUCUUUGCAAUUUAUUACUCUACCGUAGUGACCAUGUCGGCAGAAGAGUGUCGUGAGGAGUUUGAUGAGGACAAAGCCGUAAUACUGACACGGUAUCGAACGGGAGUCGAGCAGGCUCUGUCACGAGCGAACUUCCUCACGUCCCUGGAUUUGACGGUUCUGCAAGCAUUUGCUCUCUAUCUGAUCUGCGGCAGAAGGGACGGGAAUGGACCCGACGUAUGCACGCUUAUAGGCGUUGCCAUUGGAACUGCCAUGAAGAUUGGUCUCCAUUGCGACGGAGCUGGUCUAGGUCUAUCCCCCUUCGAGGCAGAAAUGCGUCGCCGGCUCUGGUGGCAGAUAUGCACUUUGGAUGUCCGAACGGCAGAGGACCAUGGCUCUGAACCGACCAUCCUCGAAUCUACCUUCAAUACUGAAUUACCGUUGAACAUCAACGACACUAGCCUGGAACCCGACAUGAGCGAACUGCCUCAAAGUCAGCUUGGAAAAACCGAGAUGACCUUUACGCUGGUCCGGUUUGAAGGGAGCCAUUUUGCGCGAAGAGUGGCAUUUUCAGACAGGUUCUGCCGCACGAACACUUACCCAGUCAUGAAUGAGGCACAGAAGCGUGAGGCAAUAGAGCAAUUCAAGGAGCUUAUAGAGAAACAAUACUUGUCGUUUUGCGACAAAGAAGUUCCACUUGACUUUAUCACUGCUGCCUCCAUUCGUUUGAUUUUGGUGAAAUUGAAAUUGGCAGUAUGCAGGCUACGGAGGGAUCAGGCCCCGGCCAUGCUUAUGCAGACAAAUUACAGGAGGGCUUGUGAGGAAGUCCUACAGCGCGCCCAAAUGCUGCGAAAUUACGAGAAGGGCAAAAGAUGGCUCUGGCUUUUCCAGACCUAUGUCGAAUGGGACUCGCUGGCUUAUCUCCUGCUCCAUCUCUGUAUAGCACCUCCAGAGGAGCAGUCUGAUGCUGUUUGGAAAACUAUUGACGAGAUCUACCACCACUGGAAGAGUGAAUCAGAUAUCUAUCAUGAUCGCCGCUGGAGGCUCAUUGAAAAGCUUCGAUACCAAGCUGUUAUCACACGGGGUAGAAGGCAGAACAUCCCUCAAUCGCCACGGGAGACGCAACCGGAUCAUUACAAAACACCUGAACGACGUGCUAUAGGACCUGCGGUCAGAGUAUACGGAGAUUCAUCGUCCGGAGCCCAACAGACAACAAGCACCAAGAAUGAUCAGUCGUCUAACGCGGAAGCUGCUGCUCACGCACACCCAUCGCCCGUGGCAAUGGUUCAGACAACCGAGUCCAACCCUACCGCUGAGCAACCAUUCCCCAUGGGUACAUUCGUCAACGUGGCGACUGCGACAUCCGCAACUCAACCAGUAGAAGAGGCAGUCUCGAGUGUUGCUGAAUUGCCGAGUGGGGGUACUGGUUGCGAGUGGAGUGCAGCACUAUUCGAAAUUUUUUGGGAUCUCACUGGAUCUGCACAAGGUGCCUCUGUAUCAUGGCUGUAG